AUGGCUCAGCUUUGCGAUCGGAGAUGGACAAGGGCUUCUUACCUCAUUUCUACCGAUACCGAUCUUAUCCCGAUUCCAGUUCUCAGCUCCUUUUUCGCGUCGAAGGGCUUCUACUGGGCUAAUCUUGUUCCCGAGCCCGUCAUGAGACAAAGAUUGCAAAAUUCGUUAUGUUUUGCGCUGUACGACAUCAAGUCCAACUCAGUGGAGGCCGCUGAAAAUAUUCUUCGACGAAACGCAGCAGUCAGCUCGGAAGAUGACCCAGAAGACACCUCUUGCAGUUUAGAGAGCGAAUGCUAG